AUGAAGCCAGCGGAGGACGCGGCCGUCCCGGAGGCAAUGGCAACGGCGACGCCGCCGGCGGCGGCGGCGCAGACGGUUUGGUACGAUCCCAUGUCUUCGCCACAGGCGCCGGCGCCGCACCAGCAGCCGGCGAUAGAGGCUGUGGCGGAGACCUCGCCAUCAUCGGUGAGCUCCGACGCGCGGCCUCUCAGGGUGUACGCCGACGGCAUCUACGAUCUCUUCCACUUCGGUCAUGCGCGCGCGCUCGAACAGGCUAAGAAGUCAUUUCCCAACACCUACUUGCUGGUAGGUUGCUGCAGUGAUGAGAUCACCCACAUGUACAAAGGAAAGACCGUCAUGACCGAGGACGAGCGCUAUGAAUCGCUUCGGCAUUGCAAGUGGGUUGACGAGGUUAUAUCGGAUGCUCCAUGGGUGAUCAACCAGGAGUUCAUCGACAAGCACAACAUCGACUAUGUCGCUCACGACGCGCUCCCAUAUGCUGACACGAGUGGAGCUGCCAAUGAUGUCUAUGAAUUUGUGAAAGCUAUUGGGAAGUUCAAGGAGACAAAGCGCACUGAGGGCAUCUCGACAUCGGACAUCAUCAUGAGGAUCUUGAAGGACUACAACCAGUACAUUAUGCGGAAUCUGACCCGGGGGUACAGCCGUAAAGACCUUGGCGUCAGCUAUGUUAAGGAGAAGCAACUGAGAGUCAACAUGGGGAUUAGCAAGCUAAGGGAGAAGGUGAAGGAGCAUCAAGAGAAGUUUCACAGUGCGGCAAAGAUAGCUGGAACCAACCCUGUGGAGUGGAUGGAGAAUGCAGACCGUUGGAUUGUUGGGUUUCUUGAGAAGUUUGAGGAAGGUUGCCACAUGAUGGAAACCGCCAUUAAAGAUCGAAUUCAGGAGGGAUUGAAGAGGCAAGGCAGGUCAGAGUCAAACCUUUCUGGAGAUGACUCCGACUCGUAA